AAAAAAGCAAAACUGUUACACCUAUUCCUCUAUCAUCACUGUGCCUCACCCAACAACUACUACAUUCUCUCUCAUAUUUCUUUGAGAGUCAAUCUUUGGCCACUGUUACAUUAAUUCUAUGUGCUAUCUCUAUACUAUAUUUACUAUUGGACCUUUUUCUUCCCUUAUAUUUUCCCUUUCUGUCUAGUGUUUUCUGAUCCAUGUUGACCUUUUUCUUCCUCUAAUGCUCCCUCUUCUCAUAUGGAAGGUGUUUGACUAAAGUGCUGUGUUCUCAUCUUCUCAUACGCAUGCGGCAGAUACCACUCAUCUGAAUACACUUCCAUGUUCAUCAUUAGGAGCAACUUUCAUUGCUACUACUUGAAACAAAAACACUCCUCUGUCAACUUUAUGAGUGUUUGAAAGUUGCAAACAAUGAUGUUUUCGACACUCGUGGUUGUGUUGCUUUUGUGUUUUUCUCCUACGCUAGUGGUCUUUGGUCUGAGCAACUCGGAUCACACCACUUUGAGAGUGCUGUUGGAAGUGAAGAAGUCUUUUGUGAAAGACCCGCGAAAUGUUCUGAGUGAUUGGACAGAGGAUAACAUUGACUACUGCAGUUGGAGAGGGGUGUCGUGUGAAUUGGACUCAGACUUGGACACAGUUUCAAACUCUUUAGAUGGUGACUCCAUGCAAGUUGUGGGUCUCAAUCUUUCUGACUCGUCACUUACCGGGUCACUGUCACCUUCACUCGGUCGUUUGCAAAACCUGCUCCACCUUGAUCUUUCCUCCAACAGUCUCACUGGUCCCAUUCCACCUAAUCUCUCCAACCUCACUUCCUUGGAAUCUUUGCUUCUCUUCUCCAACCAACUCACCGGUCACAUACCGGAAGAGUUCGGCUCGCUCAAGAGUCUCCGAGUCAUGCGACUCGGUGACAAUGCAUUGACGGGAACGAUUCCGGCAUCUCUCGCCAACCUGGUCAAUUUGGUCAACCUUGGCUUGGCUUCCUGCGGACUCACCGGCUCUAUUCCGAGGCAACUUGGUCAACUCAAACUCAUGGAGAAUCUGAUUCUGCAAGACAACGAGUUGAUGGGUCCUAUUCCGACCGAGUUGGGGAACUGCUCAAGCCUCGCCGUCUUCACUGCAGCUAACAACAAACUCAAUGGAUCAAUACCCAGUGAACUGGGUCGGCUCAGCAAUCUGCAAAUUCUCAACUUUGCCAACAACAGUAUAUCAGGGGAGAUUCCGAGUCAACUCGGUAAUAUGAGUCAACUCGUUUACCUGAACUUGAUGGGGAACCAGCUCGAGGGUACCAUUCCUCCGUCACUAGCUCAACUGGGCAAUCUGCAAAAUCUGGACCUGUCAAUGAACAAGCUCAGGGGAGGAAUCCCAGAGGAGUUGGGCAACUUGGGUGAGCUAGUUUAUUUGGUUCUGUCUGGUAACAACCUUAAUGGUGUCAUACCGAGGACCAUAUGUUCCAAUGCAACAAGUUUGGAGCACUUGAUGUUGUCAGAAAGUGGACUCCAUGGUGAGAUUCCAGCUGAGUUGAGUCAAUGCCAGCAACUAAUGCAACUUGAUUUAUCCAACAAUGCACUCAACGGAUCCAUACCUCUUGAGCUUUAUGGGUUGCUGCAAUUAACUGAUCUCUUGCUGCACAAUAACAGCUUGGUUGGCUCCAUCUCUCCCUUCAUAGGGAACCUCAGUGGCUUGCAGACACUUGCUUUGUUUCACAAUAAUUUGGAGGGUGUUCUGCCGAGAGAGAUAGGAAUGCUUGGCAAGUUGGAAAUUUUGUAUCUUUAUGAUAACCAAUUGUCAGGGUCUAUACCUACGGAGAUUGGUAAUUGUUCUAGCUUGCAAAUGAUUGAUUUCUUUGGAAACCGUUUCAGUGGGGAAAUUCCAGUCACUAUUGGAAGGCUGAAAGUGUUGAAUUUCCUUCACCUUAGACAGAAUGAGCUAGUGGGUGAGAUUCCAGCCACCUUGGGUAAUUGUCAUAAACUGAACAUUCUGGAUUUAGCUGACAAUCAGCUCUCGGGUGCAAUUCCUGCAACGUUUGGAUUCCUCAAGGAAUUACAGCAACUCAUGAUCUACAACAAUUCCCUUGAAGGUAAUCUUCCUCACCAACUGAUAACAUUAACAAACUUGACCAGAGUGAAUCUUUCUAAGAACAGAUUGAAUGGUAGUGUAGCUGCAUUGUGUAGCUCUCAGUCAUUUCUUUCUUUCGAUGUUACUGACAAUGAGUUUGAGGGUGAAAUUCCUUCCCAAAUGGGAAACUCACCCUCCCUUGAGAGACUAAGAUUAGGUAACAACAAUUUUUCUGGAGAAAUUCCAAGGACAUUGGGAAAAAUCCGUGAGCUGUCAUUAUUAGACCUCUCAGGAAAUUCACUCACUGGACCAAUACCAGCUGAGCUUUCUUUGUGCAACAAACUGGCUUAUAUUGAUUUAAGCAGUAACUUUAUUUUCGGACAAAUACCAUUAUGGCUUGGAAGUUUAUCUCAGUUGGGAGAGCUCAAACUCUCCUCCAAUAAUUUUUCUGGGCCACUUCCAUUAGGCCUAUUCAAAUGUUCUAAGUUGCUUGUUCUCUCUCUAAAUGACAACUCCCUGAAUGGAACUCUCCCAUCUGAUAUUGGUGAACUUGCAAACCUAAAUGUGCUCAGACUUGACCACAAUAAUUUAUCUGGUCCAAUACCUCUGGAGAUAGGCAAAUUGACCAAGCUUUAUGAGCUCCGGCUCUCAAGAAAUGGAUUCAAUGGUGAGAUUCCAGCUGAGUUUGGAAAACUUCAAAAUCUCCAAAUCAUUUUGGACCUUAGUUACAAUAAUCUCUCAGGUCUCAUCCCACUUUCUCUUGGGAAGCAGUCAAAGUUAGAAGCUCUUGAUCUUUCCCACAAUCAACUAACUGGAGAAGUCCCUCCACAAAUUGGGGAAAUGAGCAGUUUGGGAAAGCUUGAUCUUUCUUACAACAACCUUCAAGGAAAAUUGGAUAAGCAUUUUUCCCGUUGGCCAGACCAGGCAUUUGAAGGAAACAUACAUCUUUGUGGAAGCCCUCUUGAGAGCUGCCACAGAAAUAAAGACUCUGAAAAUGCAGGCCUGAAUGAAGCAACAGUAGUGAUAAUCUCUUCCCUUUCAACAUUAGCUGCAAUUGCACUUCUGAUACUCGCAGUCAGAAUCUUUUCCAAAAACAAGCAAGAAUUCUGCAGGAAAGCCAGUGAAGUGAACUAUGUUUACUCCUCUUCUUCAUCACAAGCACAGAGAAGACCACUGUUCCAACUAAAUGCAGCUGGAAAUAGAGAUUUCAGAUGGGAAGACAUCAUGGAUGCAACGAACAAUCUAAGUGAGGACUUCAUGAUUGGCUCAGGAGGUUCAGGGAAAAUCUACAAAGCUGAAUUGGCAUCUGGAGAGACUGUUGCUGUCAAGAAGAUUUCAUCAAAAGAUGAAUUUCUGUUAAACAAAAGCUUCGUAAGAGAAGUUAAGACACUAGGGAGGAUUAGACACAGACAUCUGGUGAAGCUAAUAGGAUAUUGUAGCAACAAAAACAAAGAAGCAGGUUGGAAUCUGUUGAUAUAUGAGUACAUGGAGAAUGGGAGUGUUUGGGAUUGGCUUCACGGGAAACCAGCGAAGGAGAGCAAAGUAAAGAGCACCCUUGAUUGGGAGACAAGGUUCAAAAUUGCUGUAGGAUUAGCUCAAGGAGUUGAAUACCUGCAUCACGAUUGCGUCCCAAAGAUCCUUCACAGGGACAUCAAAUCCAGCAAUGUAUUGCUAGACUCAAAAUUGGAGGCACACUUGGGAGAUUUUGGACUGGCAAAAGCACUAACAGAGAAUUAUGACUCUGAUACUGAGUCUAAUUCUUGGUUUGCUGGCUCUUAUGGCUACCUAGCUCCAGAGUAUGCAUACUCACAACAGGCAACAGAAAAGAGUGACGUUUACAGCAUGGGAAUAGUGCUGAUGGAACUUGUUAGUGGUAAAAUGCCAACAAAUGAAAUUUUUGGUGCUGAGAUGAACAUGGUGAGAUGGGUAGAAAUGAACGUGGAUAUGCGUGGCUUUACCAGUGAGGAACUGAUAGAUCCUGAAUUGAAACCCCUUUUACCUGACGAAGAGUUUGCUGCAUUCAAAGUGCUUGAGAUAGCCCUGCAAUGCACGAAAGCUACACCACACGAGAGGCCAUCUUCGAGGAAAGCAUGCGAUCUUCUCCUCCAUGUAUUCAACAACAGGAUGAUCAACUUUGAGAAGAUGAAUUUGGAACAUUGCAAAUGAAUUUGUUUUCUGAGGAUUGAAACAACCCCUACUAGCAUUAUUGAAAAUUUAUGUAAACGUUACUCUUUUUUUCACAUUACAUAGAGAAAUUGGCAUAGUUGCCGUUGUUCAGCAGUUCCCAGCUAGCAGCCAAAAUUUGCAACAACAUAUCAUCAAUUUUCAACGGUUCAUGCUGAAUGCUCACGCUUUAAUUCCUCCGAUGGGACGCUGAUCAACUCUUGAAUUAAUUACUAUAAAAGCCGUGUUCGGAUGUUGAAGAAGAUAAAUUACAUUAUCAUACUUAUUUCUGUUAUAUAUAGCGUCUAUAUUGCAAAAGCCGUUCCACAAUUUGAGUGAUUUUAUCUCCUCUUUUUCGGAUACAGGUGGGUUUGUUUUAGAUUUUUCUUUUGCAGGCAAUGGAUUUUGGCCCAUCUAUACUUUCAUCCACCGUUUGUAAAUAGAGCACCUUACUCCUCCUUCAAACACACGCUUCCAUAUUCUCA